AUUCGCUCUGUGCACAAUAUGGCGACCACUGACGUUUCUAACUUGACUGUGUGGGCCAGUACUUCCGGUGAAAACUUCCGGUGAUCUGAGAGUGAGAGCGGGAGACAGAGACAACAGUGAAUGAGAUCAACAAACUGGAUGACUAGAUGUUUUUAUUAUGAGUGUUUUUAGAAUUAAAGAGAGGCGACUUGCCUUUCAGAGAGUUACAGGCUCAACACUUCAUUGUUGUGUGCCAUUAUGUACCGUUUCGUCAAACUACAACAAAGUAAUCAGCUUUCAUGCAUUCCCCGUUGAUGCUGCGGUACGGGCUAAGUGGAUGCAAAAUAUCCGGAGGGAUGACUUCAACCCGACCCAAAACACCGGGGUCUGUAGUCGGCAUUUUAAGCAGACUGAUUUAAAUGUGACUGCCGGGGGGUUGAGGAGGCUGAAGAAGGGAGCCGUACCAGUUUACUUUUCGUGGAAUGGGUACAAACUACCUGCGCCCCGACCGAGCGUCUGGGAACGGCGUCCGCGGGCCGAGAGUCCCGCACCAGAGUCAGACUCGGACUCGGAGAUGGAUACCGAAAUGGCCAUAGAUCAUGACUACUGUGUAGUCCCUGAAACAGGAGCGAGGGCGAGUAAUUUGGCAGACGAGAAUGAAGCCCUACGUCGCCAGAUCAGAGAGCUACAACAGCAGUUAGAAGCCCAGAAACUUCGCCAGCGUUUUGGGAUAGAUCGCCUGUCUACAUCAGAUGAGAACAUGCGCUUUUAUACCAGGUUUGCGUCCUACAAGAGUUUCAUGGCAUUUUGGAAAUUAAUUGAACCUGCUGUGAUCCACAAGAUGGUGCGCAUAACCAGUGCCAAGACAGCUUCUGCCAGCAUCAGCACAGUCCAUCACCCAACAACGAAACUGAGACCCAUUGAUGAGUUGCUGCUGUUCCUGAUGUAUCUGUCAGUGGGUUUUCCUCUCAAUGACCUUGCAGAGAGGUUCAGCAUUCACCGCACUACUGCAAGUCGGAUCAUCUCCACAUGGACUCAUUUUCUGUACUGCCUGCUGGGAAGCCAGCGCCUUUGGAUUCCUCCAGAGGUAGUGAGAGCUCACCUCCCACCUGAGUUUGCAGAUUUUUCAGAUACACAGGUAGUCCUCGAUUGUACAGAGAUAUUCUGUCAGACGCCAUCCUCUCUGCUCCUUCAAACUGAGGUGUUUUCUACCUACAAAUCGCACACAACAUUCAAGGCUAUGAUUGGCAUGGCACCCCACGGUGCUGUCACUUUUGUGUCUGGGCUAUAUGCAGGCUCUAUGAGUGAUCGCGAGAUCUUUAAGCUGUCUGGGAUUAUAAAGCUUUUAAAGCCAGGUAUGGCGAUCAUGGUGGACAAAGGUUUUGUUGUGGACAACCUUGCUCCUUGUAAGGUGUACCGGCCUGCCUUUCUCAGCAACAAACGACAAAUGAGUCGAGAGGAUGUCAGACAAACACAGUCAAUUGCACGUCUGAGAGUGCAUGUGGAGAGGUGCAUAAGGAGAGUGAAAGAAAACAAACUGUUUGACAAGGACAUACCACUGUCUAUAUGCGGGAACAUUGAUGAAUUGUUCAGUGUGGCCUGCUUCCUGGUCAGUUAUCAGAAUGGGCCGUUAGUGAAGGCAUGGGCAACUCCCCAAUGAGUUAAAUUGGUAAUUUUGAUAUUAAUAAAUCGUUUAGUCUUAAAUAGUGUUUAAAUUGUAUGAUGUUUUCUCUCUUAAUUUUUACUACUUUCGGUUAUCUUUUGAUAUUUUAUUAUUAGUGUUCAAAAUGUAUUGUACGUGGACGUUUUGUUUGAUAUGUUGUGCAGCACUUUGGUCAGCAUUUAUGCUGUUUUAAAGGGCUACAGUAUAUAAAUAAACUUGACCUUGAUCUUAAAGAUCUAUCUUGCUUAUUAAAAACAA